CUGGUAGUCUUUUGUUCCUCUUUUAUUUGCUUCCUGUAAUGCUUAUCUGUUUUUGUCUUAGCAAUUUGGUUUCAAAACUCCAGUACAUACCACUGCAGCAUGUUUCAUGCCUCACACCAUGUCACUCCGAUUGCUGCAUCAGAAACGGAGAUUGAAGCUGAAGCGGAUGCUGUUAAAGCUGUUGCGGAGGCCAUAUGUCCAUUAAAUGUUGUUCUAGACAGAGUGAUUCUGACCUCAACCGGUGUGCUUGUAGGCUGCUGGCAGGUAGUCUCCGGUACUGAUCCAGUAACUGUACGUGACAGGUUGAGAAGCGCUCUUCCUCGUGCACCAGAGAAGCAAUUUUAUGAUGCUGUUAUUCUUCACACUUCAUUUGCCAGGCUUUUGGGCCCUCCCACCACUUUUGCUGAGGAAGCAAAGGAUCUCUCCGAACUUCAGUUUUUCAACAUGCUUGUAACCAAAUUAAACAGCAAAAUUCAUGGGUUUAAGGCAACAAUGACCGAACUCUGGUAUGUGGAGGAGCAACACCUGCUGGCACUUGCACUUGAUGGGAGUAUGAAGAUUCGCAGUUUUCAACUUGGGUGUUCAAAAGCUUGAUGUUGUUGGAAAUUUCAUUCUGAUAUGCAGCAUCAGUAUGUAUAGCUUUUGCUCCCUCUGUCUCAUAAAAUGAGUUCAAUUUCUUGAUAUAUUUGUCUCCAAAAAGGAGUCAUCUUUUAUACUAUAAUUUUACCUUUUUCAUAUUGAAAAAAAAAAUUGUACCUUAAUGAAACCUGAUAUUUUUUAUGGGACGGAGGGGUGUACGAUGAUACUUAGAUAGUUACUACGGAGUAUUAUACACGUGUUUAUACAAACUAAUUUUAGCAAUUUUAUCGCUGCCAAAGGUAGAUGUCAUUUCUGUUGCACCCUUGAUGUUGAUGUAUUGGUGUAUUUAUUGGCACUUCGUCCAAAGACAAAAAACAAGAGAAGUUUAA